AUGCCUGGCAUCCAGAACAAUGCUGUGGAGGACCUCACCAUCACCUUCCGAAAGUCCGGCCGGUACAACGGUCACCACUCAGAUCGUGGGUACAACGCCAUCCAGUUGGUCAACGUUUCAAAUUGCUGGGUGCGCAACGUGGGCAUUGAGAAUGCCGACAACGGGAUUUUCGUCACCGAGUCAGAAUUUGUCACCGUGUCAGGCGUGGUGGUGGAUUCUGUGGACCGAACCAUUGACGACGGCAAGAACCUCAAUGGCCACCAUGCACUCACCGCCACCUUUGAUGGGCAGUCGGUGCUCUACCAGAAGUAA